GGUCGUUGCAUCAACAACAACAACAACAACAAAAAUUCAUUCAUUCGAUUAAAAAUAAGAAAAAAAAAUUUAAAAUGAACAUCUGAAUGUAUGAAUUAUGACGAUAAAGAUGACGACAACAACAACAACAACAUCAAACACAUUCAUAUAUAGAAAACAAGCGAAUAAUAAAAGAGCCUGAACCCACACUUAUUACAUUCUGUUUUUUUUCUUCAUUGAUCAUCAUCAUCAUCAUUGAAUGGCGCUUUAAACCCGAAAAGAUCACUAAUUUUCUAUUAUGAAAAAAAAAAAAUCUUAAUUUAUGUUGUUCUGGUGUGGUUAUUGUGUCUGUCCAUGUCUAUGUCCAUAAAUGAUCAUUAUAACAAUGAUGAUGAUGAUGUUUAAGAUUUGUAAAAAUUGUCAGAUUCAAUGAAUGUUAUCUACCUACACACACACACACACACACAUUGACUAUGUUUAAUCAAUCGUCAAACAUAAACAUCUUGAAUUUUGGGUUGGGACUUUAUUUCAUUUCAUCAUGAAUAAAUGAAACACACUAAAAAUAGCGCGAUUGGUACAUUGAAACAAUAAUAAAAAAGGCUAAAAAAUUGGGGGCCAAUCGAUACUGAUGACCCCACAUAAACAAUCAACUGGCCACGGCCCACCCAUUGACCGCUUGUCAAAAUUUUUGCUCAAUUUUUAUGGCCAACACAUCAACGAUACGUCGUUUAUUUAUGGGACUCAAUUUAGCUGUCAAAUUCAUGGUCGGUUGAUUUUUUUUUCUCAUGUUUUUUUUCUUUUAAUUUGAAUUUUUUUGAUUUCGUCGUCGCAACAAUGAGCGUCGAAAUACCGGAAAUAAAAUGUUCGAUAAUUAUAGAAAAUUUAUCCACCAAUGGAUCAUUAUUGAGUAAAUCAUCUAUAACAAAUGGUCGGCUAAGUUUAUGUCGAAAUCAUAGUGGUGAUUGUGUUUUGCUUGUUUGCAAUGAUAAACAAACAUCGAAAGAAUCGAAACGUUUUACAAUGGCUAAAAAUAAAGGCAAUUAUCGUCUGAAUACUCGAUUUGUGAGCGAAGGAAAAUGUUCCAUUCUACUUAUCGAUUAUAAUAUCAGGCUUUUCAUAUCGAAUUGUCCAUCAAAUGAUUUAUCAUUAUUUUUAAAAGGAUUCUGUUUAAAAUGUAGUAAUCGUGAAUCAUUAUUCACAUCCAAAUGUCAACUAUUCAACACUAAUCCAAAUGCAACCGCACUUCGAAUGAAUAAAUCACGUAGUUCGAAUAUUGAAAAAAUAAGUCCAUUAACUGGUAAUGAUUUCAUUAAAGCGAUAUCGUUUCGUGAUCGUACGAAUUUACAACCACAGCAACAACAACAACAACGAUCAAAUAGUCAAACAUUUGAUAACCGUUUGAAACAAAAUCAACAGGCGAUGAACACCUCACCAUUGGCAGCAAAAAAUGUAAAUUUUCAGAAACGAAAACUUGAUACAAUUUUGGAAAAAAUUUCCGAAUCUAGUCCAAAAACUAAACGCAAAAUAUUAUCAUCAUUCAUUCCAUCGCCUAUUCGUUCAUUGAAAGUGUUGAAUGUAAACAAUCUUACGGAUGAUCAAUCAAAAGUUGUGAGCGCCGUAUUGAAUGGACAAAAUGUUUUUUUCACUGGUAGUGCUGGUACAGGAAAAUCAUAUCUACUUAAAUUCAUCAUUAGUCGUCUACCACCGAAUUCAACUUUUGUUACGGCCAGUACCGGUAUUGCUGCAUGUCAAAUUAAUGGUAUUACUUUACAUUUAUUUGCCGGAAUUCCAGUCAGCUGGUUAGAAGGUCAACAACAACAACAACAACAGAUUGCCAAUACACAUCGAAAAUCGACACCACAAGAGAUUGUUUCACGUUUAUGUCGAAAUGAACUUAAACUACAACGAUGGAAAAAUUGUAAAUGUUUAAUCAUUGACGAAAUAUCAAUGGUACCUGGAGAUUAUUUCGAAACACUCGAUAAUGUUGCACGUAUUAUAAGAAAGAAAAAUUCUCCAUUCGGUGGUAUUCAAUUGGUUGUUUGCGGUGAUUUUCUACAAUUACCACCAAUUUCAAAACGAUCUCAAGCAAAAAAGAAACACGCUUUUCAAACUAAAGCUUGGCAAGAAGCUAUAAAAUAUUAUUUCGAAUUACGAAAAAUUCAACGUCAAACCGACGAAACAUUCAUCAAAAUAUUACAAAUGAUACGUGUUGGUAAAAUGGAUAAUUUUGUUCGUGAUACCUUGCUAAAAACAGUUCAAAAUGAUUUACGAAAAAAUGAUUCGACCAUUCCUACACAAUUAUUUCCCUUACGUCAAGAUGUUGAUUCAGUGAAUCAAAGCCAAUUGUUGAAAUUAGAAUCACAAACACAUUUGUUUGUAGCCGAAGAUAGUAACGGUGUUUAUAGUGAAAUACUUGAUUCACUUUGUCCAACACCAUAUCGUCUUGAAUUGAAAAUUGGUGCACAAGUAAUGUUGAAUAAAAAUAUUGAUCUAAAUCGUGGACUGGUCAAUGGAAUGACUGGUACGAUAAUUCGUUUUGAAUGUGAAUCAAGCAACCUGGGUUCUCAACAACAACAACAACAAAGAUUGCUUCCACGAAUAAGUUUUGUCAACGGUGUUGAAACAAUAAUUGGCUAUGAUAAAUGGUCAUUUCGUUUGCAUGAUAAUUAUUCUGUUUAUAGAAGACAUUUACCAUUACAAUUAGCAUGGGCAUUAUCGGUACAUAAAUCACAAGGUAUGACCAUUACGAAUGGUGUAGAAAUUUCGUUGGCUAAAAUAUUCGAAUCUGGUCAAGCAUAUGUUGCUCUAUCACGAUCAACAUCAUUAGACAGAAUAAAAAUACUCAAUUUUAAUAUCAACAACAUAAUCGUUGACCGUGAUGCAUUAGAAUUUUAUAAACAAUUAAAAUAUGUCAUCUAAAUGAAUAUACAAAAAAUACUUUUUUUUAAAUUAAUUUUUUUUAUUAAAAAUAAAUUUUUU